AUGGGUACACACCAAGUUUAUACUAAGGAGCACCUUUGUGAAAUGGAAUCUGAUGAACUAAAACAUAAAAGCAAACCACAGCUUAAAACGGACACAAGCAAACCACAGCUCGAAAACGGUACAAACAAACCACAGCUCGGAAAACGGAUACAAGCAAACCACAGCCGGAAACAAAGCAAACCACAGCUCGAAAAAACGGCAAACCAAGCUCGAAAACAUCAAACCAACAGCUCGAAACGAUCAAGAGCUCAAAACGGAUACAAACACAAAACCAACCACAGCUCGAAAACGGAUACAAGCAAACCACAGCAUCGAAAAACUGACACAAGCAAACCCACAGCUCGAAAACGGAUACAAGCCAAACCACAGCUCGAAAACGGGACACAAGCAAACCACACUCAAAACGGAUACAAAGCAAACCACAGCUCGAAAAACGACACAAGCAAAACCACAGUCGAAAACGGAUACAAGCAAACCACAGCUCCGAAAACGAUACAAGCAACCACAGCUCGAAAACGGAAGCAAACCACAGCUCGGAAACUCGAAACAUGCUCAAAAGACACAAGCAAACCACAGCUCGAAAAACGAUACAAGCAAACCACAGCUCAAAACGGACAAAGCAAACACAGCUCGAAAACGGACACAAGCAAACCACACUCGGAAAACGGAUACAAGCAAACCACAGCUCGAAAAACGGACACAGAUACAAUGCAAACCACAGCCUCGAAAACGGACACAAAACAAACCACAGCUACGAAAAAACGACACAAACAAACCACAGCUCGAAAAUGGAUACAAGCACAAACCACAGAAACCACAGUCGAAAACGAACAAGGCAACACAGCCAAAGACAGGCAACCACACUCGAAGAACAGCACAACACAGCUCGAACGGAUGCAACAAACCACACCAAACGAAGCAAACACCUCGAUAACGAUACAGCAACACAGCUCGAAAACGAUACAAGCAAACCCACUCGAAACUCAAGCAACACACUCGAAACACAAAGAAACCACGCUCAAAACGAUACACAAACACACUCAAAC